CCACUUUAUGCCUCCUUUCCUCUGACUCAUUACACUUCACAAAAACAACACCCAUGAUUUCCACUUCCACUCGUUUGUUUCUUCAAACCCCACCGCCGCCGGUGAAUAUAUUUUCCUCCGGCGACAAUUCUGCUCUUUCACCGUCUUCUCUCACAUUCCGGCAGUCCGGUUAUUUCACGGCUGCCGCUGCAACCUGCGCUUCCGUCGAAACUGAAUCCCCUACUUCUAGGUAUUCGACGCUGCCUCGUAACCUGAUCCCUGCUUCUCCAGCGUCGUUUUACGAAAUUCUAGAUAUUCCGAUGGGCGCUACUGUCCAGGAGAUCAAGGCAGCUUACCGGAGAUUAGCUAGAGUUUGCCAUCCCGAUGUGGCGGCGAUUGAUCAGAAGGACUCGUCGGCGGACGAUUUCAUGAAGAUUCAUUCUGCUUAUUCCACUCUAUCGGAUCCGGACAAACGUGCCGAUUAUGACCGACGCCUUUCCCGGAGGCACCGGAGCAUCAAUUUGUACUCCGGCGGUUGUUCUCCGUCAGCAAUGUCGGGAUUCACCGGCUAUACUCCCCGGAACUGGGAGACAGAUCAGUGCUGGUAGCUGAUCCGAUCAUCGGAUAUGAAAUUCGAAGACUAUUGUACAUUUUGCGAGGCAGAGGGAAAAAGAGAUUAAAAAAUGACAAAAAACAAAAAGAGGAAAAUUAGUUGGAUCUUCUCUGUUAAGCAUAGGGUUUCUACGUUGUAUAUACUGAUUUUAUAACUGAAUACUAACAUGAAUUUCAAUUCUCAUA